AUGUACGAAGGUCAUAUAGUAACACAUCCAAUGAAACGUUAUAGUGCCCUUGGUGGUGCCGUUGGUGGUGCCCUUGGUGGUGCCCUUGGUGGUGCCCUUGGUGGUACCCUUGGUGGUGCCUCUGGUGGUGCCUCUGGUG